AUGAAGCGAGUGUCCGCUCCGGACCCAAACCUGGACCCAAACCCUGACCCAAACCCGGAUCCAAACCCGGACCCAAACCCGGACCCAAACCCGGACACAAACCCGGACCCAAACCCGGACCCAAACCCGGACACAAACCCGGACACAAACCCGGACCCAAACCUGGACCCAAACCUGGACCCAAACCCGGACACAAACCCGGACACAAACCCGGACACAAACCUGGACCCAAACCCGGACCCAAACCUGGACCCAAACCUGGACCCAAACCUGGACCCAAACCCGGACCCAAACCCGGACCCAAACCUGGACCCAAACCUGGACACAAACCCGGACCCAAACCUGGACCCAAACCUGGACCCAAACCCGGACCCAAACCUGGACCCAAACCCAGACCCAAACCCGGACCCAAACCUGGACCCAAACCCAGACCCAAACCCGGACCCAAACCUGGACCCAAACCCGGACCCUGUGAGCAGACGGAGCGUGUGGAGGACAUGAGCUUUCCGUCUCUGAAUGAAACCAAAGUACAAAAACUUUAGAGAAAUACGAUCAAGACGACAAAAGUUCUUCACCAAAGUCUGAUGAGUCGGAUCAGAAGAGGUCCCCAAAGAUGACCUGGACCCAAACCCGGACCCUCCACAGAGCUGCAGAGACGUUCGUAAACAUUAGUUCAAAGUGGAUAUUUGAGAAGGUCAAACGCGGCCGCAGACGUCGGCAGCCGUUCUUCUGAGUGUCAGCGAACAAAGCGGAUCAGAUGGAGCCUCUUCAGCCGCAGCUGUCGGAUGUAAAGUGUUACAAGAAUCUAAAUCUGCUGAUGAAUUUUUUACCUUCCUUUCACUUAGCAGGAUUGUCUUUGAGAAGGGGACAUGUGCUGCUCUUCCACUUUAAUGACAAAACAAAGUGCGGCUCAGACAAACAGUGGGUUUAAACAUUAAUGCUGCCAAAGACGUAAAUCCAGCCAACGAGGAGGAGCAGCAGGAGGAGGAGGAGGAGGAGGAGGAGGAGGAGAGCGGGGAAAUGGGGCAGAAAGCUGAAGGAGGAGCUCAUCAGGUUUUGAGAGACUAAGUGCUCGGAUGAACACGGUCCCAACAAAACAGGCAUGCAUAAUGCAGAAACAUCCAUUUAUCAUCUGUGGCCGUCAGACAGAGGGACGCCGAGGACACACAGACACGUCAGGUUCUUCUUCUUAUCAUCAAAGAGGAUUAAAAACACAAAGUCGCUCCUGUCCAGGGAGUUCCUCUCUCUCAAACCUGCAGAAGAAGAAAUCCCAAACCACUUUGUGUGAGUCAGUAAAGUGCUGUUAGAUACCACUGACUUUAACUCUCCACCACCAUCAGCACCAUCAGCAGCACCAUCAGCAGCAGCAGCUCCUUAAUUAUCCCCUCAGGACGCCGCGUUGGACACCCGUCAGCUGAUUAAAGACAGAAACAACUUUGAAUCACUUGAUGGACGAGCGUCUGAAUCUGUAUCAGACGUAUCAGACUGACGCUCUGUCCCGUCCACAUCCGUCCGUCCACUCGUCCCUGCAGGAUGUUUUCACUCCCGGGGCUGAUGGGAAACUUCAGGUGGUUUCUUUCAACAGUUCAGAGUCACUGAAGAGUCGGAGAACUUUUUCCUUUGUUGUCGUAAAUAAAACACUAAUCUGAAGAUCUGGCUUCAGGCAGCCGUGAGGAUAAAACAUCAGCUUCUGUUAAAACGCUGAAAAUACCGUGUUUUUAAUGCGGUCUGAAUUCACUGUGGAGUGGACUCACUCUUUCCCACAAUGCCUUGUGAAAAGGCGUGUACAGUCGGUGAUCACUGUCACGUAUCGUAGUGUGAAAGGAAAGCAGAGACAGAGGAGCAGCGAACAGGAGGAAGUCAAAAUCUCUUUAAAUAAACCAUCAGAAAUAAACCUAAAACUAAAACGAUCAACGAGGACAGUCUGUCAAGUCUUUAAAGGGACAUUUCACCAUUUUUGACGCUCGAUAGAGAGACAGUUUGUUUAACAGACUCGACACACAGAGAGGUUUCCUGCUGCCAGAUUGACCGUCAUGAAAAUGACUUUUCUCCAACAUCAGGACCAGAGAUCCAGUUUGAUUUUAUUUCAGUUCGGAUUGAAUCAAUUCAUGAUAAAGAAGCACAAAUACACCCUGACCAUCGACAGGCAGCAGCGAGUAAAACCUGAUCGUCUCUGUUCAUCAUCUGUGGAAGUCAUUAUUAUUGUUAUUAAUUAUUAUUAUUAUGAUUAUUAUUAUUAUUAUUAUUAUUAUUAUUAUUAUUAUCAUUAUUAUUAUUAUUAUUAUUGUUAUUGUUAUUAUUAUUAUGAUUAUGAUUAUGAUUAUUAUUGUAACUACUAUAAUAACCAUGACGGUUUUGUUUGAAUCAGACUUCCUGUGUUUCGCUCCUGGUUGAUAUUCUGGAUUUGACGUUUUCCCUCCAGAUGUUUGGGAAGAGUUUCCUCGAGGACAGAGUGGAUUCAGAUUUUUAUUCCUGCUUAAAAAAUGAGAAGAUAAAUAUAUUUAUAUUUAUAAUUGUGGCUCCUCGUCGAUGUGUGUGAUUGUUGAAUAAAAAGAGAACAUCUUUAUAGGGAAGCGUCCGUCUCAACAGAAAGUUCAGCAGCUGUGUCAGAGGAGAGGAAUCAUUCAGAGGAACCGUUUUUAUUUUAAAUCACAGACUUUUCAUUCUCAAACUAACCUGGAAAAUUAUUGAUUUGUUCUGAAAUAAAAUGUCAUUGUUCUUCUAAAUGAGUGUGUGGAGAGGAGCGGCUUAUGAACGAGAGACCGACAGCACAAAGUUCUGAUAAAGUCCAGACUCUCAGAUACCGAAGAAAACUUUCAACUGAGAGUUUAACUCUUUACAAAGAAAAUACGACAAAUGAGACUUUAUCAGGGUCGAAUCACUGCGCAGAGAUCUGACCGAGUAAAGGUAACCGACAAAAACACUGACAGCACAGAGGGGUUCACUGACAACACAGCUAACGUAGCAGGGAGCUAACGGAGAAAGAAGCUAACGGAGAAAGAAGCUAACGUAGCAGGGAGCUAACAGAGAAAGCUAACGUAGCAGGAAGCUAACGGAGAAAGAAGCUAACGUAGCAGGAAGCUAACGGAGAAAGAAGCUAACGUAGCAGGGAGCUAACAGAGAAAGAAGCUAACGUAGCAGGGAGCUAACAGACAAAGAAGCUAACGUAGCAGGGAGCUAACAGAGAAAGAAGCUAACGUAGCAGUAGCACUAUAUUAACAAACAUAUAAAAAAUAUGAACAAUCUAAAACUCCAACCUUUAUAUUUAGAGUAAAUAAGUUAAAGAAGCAGCAGGUCAGAUUUCAGCAGGAAGGAGAACUGAAAUGAUCAUUCAAAUUCUGAUUAUUGAUUAUUGCUCAGCAGGAUUUUCAUCUGAAAAUGUCGUCAUAUUUUUAAACUAUCAUUGAUAUUUAGAGCAGAAACCUGGAUCUGAUCCUCCAUCUCUGCGAUCCUCCUCAGAAGAACAUCCAGGUGACCCUGAGGGACUCCGACUCUCACCUGAGGAUCACCAUCAGAACCUGAGCAGCUCUCAGUUUGACUCUUUCACAGAGCUCCACGUCCAACAGCAGACCCAGAGUCACCGUGCUUCCAUUGUUUGUUGGCAGACAGGUGAAGACACACAGGUGUUUAAAUGCAGGUAAUUCAGUGUCAUCAGCUCCUCCACAUGCUCACAAUUAAGCAGCUAAUGACAAAUUAACCUCACGUCAACAUGCCAGUGCUCCAAAAUCACUCACCGGGACGGUCCGCCUCAUUUCUGCUUUUAUUUGUGCUUCGGAUUCAUGAAUACACACCGAGUAAACACACGACCAGAUACACACACUCAAUACAACACACUAAAUAUACACACUAAAUAUAAACACAAUAAAUAUACACAAUAAAUACACACAAUAAAUAUACACACAACCAGAUAUACACACUUAAUAUACACACUAAGUAUACACACUAAAUAUACACAAUAAAUAUACACAAUAAAUAUUGACAAUAAAUAUACACACUAAAUAUAAAUACAAUAAAUAUACACAAUAAAUAUACACACGACCAGAUAUACACACUAAAUACAACACACUAAGUAUACACACUAAAUAUACACAAUAAAUAUACACAAUAAAUAUUGACAAUAAAUAUACACACGACCAGAUACACACACUAAAUACAACACACUAAAUAUAAACACAAUAAAUAUACACAAUAAAUAUUGACAAUAAAUAUACACACGACCAGAUACACACACUUAAUAUACACACCGAGUAAACACACGACUAGAUACACACACUAAAUACAACACACUAAAUAUAAACACUAAAUAUACACAAUAAAUAUACACAAUAAAUAUACACAAUAAAUAUACACACGACCAGAUACACACACUAAAUAUACACACUAAAUACAACACACUAAAUAUAAACACAAUAAAUAUACACAAUAAAUACACACAAUAAAUAUACUCAUGACCAGAUAUACACACUAAAUAAAACAAACUAAAAACAAAAAACUAAAUAUACACAAUUGAUAAACACACUAAAUAUACAAACUAAAUAUAAAUCAGUAAAUGUAACACAAAAAUGUUUCACAAUUAAUAUAAAAUAGUAAAUAUUAUACAGUAAACAUAUCAUAGUAAAUGUAACACAGUAAAUAGUACCUUGUAAAUGUAACACAGUAAAUGUACUACAGUAAAUAUCACACAGUAAAUAUUAUACAGUAAAUAUAUCAUAGUGAAUGUAUUACAGUAAAUGUAUUACAGUAAAUAGUACCUUGUAAAUGUAACACAGUAAAUAUCACACAGUAAAUGUAUUACAGUUAAAAUAAAAUAGUAAAUAUCAUACAGUAAAUGUAUUACAGUUAAUAUAAAACAGUAAUUGUAACACAGUUAAUAUAAAAUAGUGAAAAUUACACAGUAAAUAUCAUACAGUAAUUGUUAAACAGUUAAUGUAACACAGUAAAUGUAUUACAGUUAAUAUAAAAUAGUAAAUAUAAAACAGUAAUUGUAAAUCUAAAAUAAAGAUGUGAAAGUAAAUAUGAAACCACGUCUGUAUUUACAGAGCGGAGGAGAUCGGACUUUAGUUUGAAUUUUUGAUGAAAUGUUUUUAAAGAUGGUCUCAGGAUGGAUUUUUAUAUCGAAGCGUCUUUAAUCAGCUGUUCACUCGUCUGUUUCAGGAGGACGGUCGUAUUUUGAACUCUUCAGAGCUCUGUGUGUUUCUGUGAACUCUUCAAUCACGACAACUUUAAUCUGUCUGAGAACUUUUGUCCUUUUUACACGUUUGAUGAAUUUAAUUUUGUGUGUUUGUGUGAGUGAAACAUGGUUUCCAGUGAACAGGUAACAGCGAGUGAAUCCUAUUUUCAUGUUUACAGAGAGUGUGUAGAUCUGAAGGAUAAAUUCACACAGACGUUAAUGUAAAUGAGUGAAUCUCCUGUUAUUUUAACUGUGAGUGUCGAUGGACAGAGGAACAGACAAAAAUAAUGUGACGGCUGCUGGAAAUGUUGUGGACCUGCAGCUGCGUGAAGAAAACCCUCUCCUCUUUUUGAUUUUAAUGACAAUCAUUUUAGGGACGUGAAGGAGUGAGAGGGUGAAAAUAAAUCAGUCUGAUGGAGAGGGAUCGAAAAUCCUGAAACUGUCUGAGACGAUGAGUCGUGUUUCUGUCUGUACCUGAAGGACCUGCUGGAAACGAUUCUUCUGUUGAUGUCUGUGAGCGUCUGUAAAUGAUUCUCUGUACAUGUAUGAUCACGUAUGUUAAUGUCUAAAUAUGUCUGUGAGUAUUUAUAAAUUAAUGUAAAUGUCUGUGAGUAUUUAUAAAUGUCUGUAAAUGUUUGUAAAUGAUUUUUCUGUACAUGUAUGAUCAUGUAUGUUAAUGUCUAAAUAUGUCUGUGAGUAUUUAUAAAUGUCUAUUAAUGUCUGUAAAUGUCUGUAAAUGAUUGUGAGUGUCUGUUAAUGUCUGUUAAUGUUUGUAAAUGAUUUUUCUGUUAAUGUCUGUAAAUGUCAGUUAAUGUCUGUGAAUAUUUGUUAAUGUCUGUAAAUGUUUCUGUAGAGUCUGUCUUUAAAUGUCUGUGAAUUAUUGCUCGAUAAAUGAUUGUAGAUGAUUUUUCUGUAAAUGUCUGUAAACGUCUGUAAAUGUUUGUGAGUGUCUGUAAAUGUCUGUAAACGUCUGUAAAUGUUUGUAAAUGUUUGUGAGUGUCUGUAAAUGUCUGUAAACGUCUGUAAAUGUCUGUAAAUGUUUGUGAGUGUCUGUAAACGUCUGUAAACGUCUGUAUUAUUUGGUGAAGGCUCUGCAGUACAGUCAUGGAGCUGUUUUACACCUUUAGACUUCAUCUUCUGUCUUUUCUCUGUAUUUAUAUUUAUUUCUUUUAUAUUCACAGUGAAGUCCUUUAGAGCUGUCUGAUACGGAUGAACAUGCUGCUUAUAUAAUUAUAUAUAUAAUAACAACAUAAAAUAAAAGUCAGUUUUUCUUUUAUAAACGUGUUUUUCUCUGUAAAUUCAUCCAAAUCAAACUGGACUUUAAAACCUCUUCAGAACAUUCAUGAUUUUCUUUAUGACAGAGUGUUUUUAAUAAACCUGAUCAAUAAAGAAUUAAAAUCAUUCACGUGUUUCAGACCGGGUUCAAACUGAUAAUCAAUAUCUUCAUCAAUGAUUCUUGGUUUUAAUUCCUAAAAUGAAAACGUCUUAUUUCAGAGUCAGCGGAGGAUCUGGGCAUGUGGUCUAUGGCACCACCUGCUGGCAGCAGCAGCAGCAUCAUCAGAACCUGCUCUGGUACCACGGUCCUGUUUGUGUCGCUGCAGCAGAGUCGGAGCGAAUCAAAGAAGGUUGAUGAUCUGAUCACUGCUCCUCUCUCUUUGUUUCAGCUUCUGUGUUUUAUAAAAUAUUAUUGUGUGUGUUUAUCUCUCUAAUAUUCUUAGAUAUUUAAUAUUAUCAUCCUCAUCGACUCGGUCCAGAAUACUGUGCAGCCACAGCCUCAUGAAUGUGGAGCAUCUCUGAGCCGGUCGAUCAGAACAUGAAGAUCUGAGGAUCAACAAAAAGUCCUGAUAUGCUGCAGAUUCAGAGUCCAGACAUUUACAGCUGGGGCACAGAGGUAUAUUCACAUAUUUAACUUCAUUGGCUGCAUAAUAUCUGGAAACAUUUUAUAUAAAAGAGAGAAAUUCUGCGCCGUAUUUGUCCUGAUAUAUGAUCCAAACUCUUGCAGGACCAGAACCCUUAUCUGCGGAUUUUUGGGGGUUUUAACACCGAGUGUUUUAGCACGUUUUCAGCCUCAUGAACGGGAAUUCCUGAAAGACACUGAAAGAAAAAAUCCGCCUUUUGUUUUCCAGGCGGGUCUGCAGAGGAGAAAAAACUGUGUCGGCUCCACAGCAGCUCGGACUGA